AUGGAUCAAGUUGCAGGCGCAAAGCAAAUAGUUCUAUGCUUUGACGGCACAGGUUACGAAUUUCGUGGGGACGACACAGAUAGCAAUGUCCUCAAAAUAUACCGAAUGCUCGAUCGCAAUGACAAAAACCAUCUGCAUUACUAUCAACCUGGCAUCGGGAUGAAUACUGGCUUCAUUUUUUCAGCCCAGGAUUUCAAACCCAAUGCCAAGCCCAUGACGAAAUGGUAUACAAGAGCAAAAGAUGCCGCCUUUGGAUCUACCUUUGAAGAACAUGUCAUGGCUGGGUAUAGAUAUCUUAUGCGCUCUUACACCCCUGGAGACAACAUCUACUUCAUCGGCUUUAGUCGUGGCGCAUAUGUUGCCCGCUUACUUACUGAGAUGCUGGACCACAUUGGCUUAUUAGAGUCAGGAAAUGAAGGGAAAGUCCGUUUUCUCUGGUCUGUCUUUUCCAAAUGGGGACAAUGCCACUAUAGCAGGAAUACUAGCCAGGAAGAGAAAGAAGAUGUUUUCCAGUACAUGAAGGCAUUGCGAGAAACAUUCUGUCGCCCUGUAACGCAAAUCGACUUUCUGGGCUUAUUUGACACCGUCAACAGCAUACCGCACUUCGAGAUGAACCGCAACAGAUUUUUAUACCCUUAUUCGACGAAAACUACUGCCAAGAUUAUUCGUCAUGCGGUUAGUAUUGACGAGCAUCGCGCUAAAUUUCGCCAAGAUUUGUUGGCAAAUUCCAACCCGAUUUCUGUUCGAGCAGGUCGACUGAGAAUUUAUAAAGGCCAGAGCAUUGAAGAAGUAUGGUUUCCUGGAUGUCACGCGGAUAUUGGCGGUGGGUUAAGAUACAACAAAAAAGAAGAUUGGGCGCUUAGCCAUGUUCCAUUAGUAUGGAUGGUCACUGAAGCGCAACGAGCGGGGCUCCAAUUCGAUCCCGAAAAGCUGAAACAGUUCUGGUGUUUCGAUGAGUCCGAAUUUGAAUACGCGCUUUGGAAGGCAAGCACGAAUGGUGAACUACAUGAUUUCCUGCAAUAUCAUCAUGGUGCCAAAUGGCCUGUUGUUCUAUCAUGGAAGAUGAUCGAAUAUCUCCCGCUGCGGCGAGUGCUCUUGCAAAGAGACCAAUCUUGGAGAGUGGUCCGAUGGCCUCCACCGCUUGGGGAAAGACGCGAUAUUCCUGCGGAUGCUAAAAUACAUGUUUCUGCCAUUCGCCGUUUGAAGACCAAUUCUUAUUACCGGCCCAAAAACCUGAUUCGUGGAGGGAGGGAAGGAAAGCGAAAUGAGAAACAUUCUACUGUAGGUCAUGAGAUUGAGGAGUGGUAA